GUGUAUUUGUUGUUUAUGAAAUGUAGGUUAGGAAAUAUUGUAAAAACAAUUUGUAUAUAACGCUAUUAUUUGUAUUCAUAAGUACGUAUGGUAAUUUAUAAUGCCGGAACCAUGGAACAGUUCAACUCUAUUACCACCACCAGUAAAUAUGUUUCUGUGUACAUCAAAAUUUGAUGUCUCAGCCUUAAAACACGUAUUCAAUAACAUCACAAAGGUGUUAUCGAAACAGUCGCCACUGCACCAAGAAAGUGCUAUUUGCUCAAGAUUUUUAUACAAAUAUGAUAAGAAAUUCCGCAAUGAUAUAGGUUACCGGAAUUUGAGGAAAGUAAACACAGCUCUCAAGAAGUAUUUGGCACUAAAUCUAUUGAAGGAUGUAGAAAACUUUUCACUAGCUAUACCAACAGAGAAAGAUGAUGAUCUAUAUUUGCCUACAAGACAGAUGCUACAAUAUGUUAUAUUAAGAGUGAUGGCAUUUGCAAAAAUAAUGUUGAGGAUUUGUGUUUGCUCUAAACAAGCUGCAGUGUUCUAUUUGGACAGGAUAAAGAGAGGUGAGAGUCACUGGAUGAGCGUAUUGCCAUAUGCGCUCUUGUGUAGACUGUGGUCAAUGAGUAUGGUACUCCUGCAACAUUCAGCAUCCUGGUACCCCAACCUGUAUCACUAUUUAAAUAAACUUGAAUUAAAAGGCUUGAAUUUUCUACCAGACAACUAUGAAUUACCAAAAGACUUUGAAGAAUGGUUGGACUUGAAACAUGUUGAUGAGAUUGGUAGAUUUGAUUGGGCCCAAAAGAAACACAUUGAGAUUGAUAACACCUUAAUUGAUGGGGAUGACAAUGACCUCAUAGAUAAUAUAAUGGGCUAUAUAAAUCAAUUUGAUGAAGAUAAUAUGGACAUUGAUGAGAAAACAGAGGAAACUAAACCAUCGCUGCAAGAUAUUAAACCUGUGUUGCAGGAAAUUCAACCAGUGUUACCUGUGACAAAAAUAGACCAUGGUGUUGCAUUAUCAAGAGAAAGUUUCAAAUUACUUCUAAACUCCAGUAACAAUACUGCACCUGAGAAAAGUACACCUCCUGUUGUGAAAGAACAACAGGUACAUUCUCAUGAAAAAAUAACCAAUACUAUGUCUCUAAAGAAAUUUAUUGACACAGAAGAAAAGUUCAGAAAUGAAUCAGAUAGCAAAUCUCUGACCGGCCACUUGAGCCUCAUGCAAUGGCAUGCUCUCAAGAAUGCUUUGACCAAACUAUGUGACACAGCUCCCAACAGGAAAAUAGACAAGAAAUUCCAAAAGAUAUGGAAACAAAAAUGUUUAGAUUAUAUAUAAUAAAAGCUUUUAUUAAUAA